AAAAUAACCAGGGAUCGUACCCACUCGCCUCUCCUUCCUCUUCCCUCCACCUAAAAAGAACCGGAAAAACGAAAAAGAAUCAUAUAUUCCCAAAAUGUCCUUCCUUCUUCCCAAAAUAUCCCCGCCUCCUCCUCUCCUCCCCAACCCGAAAAGUUCUUCCCAAAACGCCCUCCCCCGAUUCCACACCUACUCCUCCCCCUCCUCCCCUCCCUCUCCGCUCACCGACCUCGAGCUACCCGCGCCGGCGCAGGAUAAGGAGAAGAGGAGGAGGGACGAUUUCUACCUCAACGUCGGCAUCGCCGUCCGUACUCUGCGCGAGGACGUGCCGGCCCUCUUUCACAAGGACCUCGACUACGAUAUUUACAGGGAAGAUAUAACGUUCAUAGACCCUCUCAACACCUUCCAAGGGAUCGAAAACUACCGGCUAAUCCUCUGGGCUCUUCGAUUCCAUGGGCGUGUUCUUUUCAAAGAGAUUGGGAUCGGGGUGUUUAGGGUUUGGCAGCCAUCAGAAAACUCGAUUUUGAUCCGAUGGGAGCUUCAGGGGGUCCCACGCGUGCCUUGGGAGACUCAGGGUCGGUUCCAAGGAACUUCGAGGUACAAACUGGACAGACGCGGGAAGGUAUACGAGCACAAAGUGGAUAACUUAGCCUUCAAUUUUCCUCGGACUGUGAUGAAGCCGGUAACAGUGUUGGAUUUGGUUGGGGCUGCCUGCCCAACAACAAGUCCCAACUUGUCAUUCUGGGAGGACCAGUUGGGGGAUUCAUCCGCACGCCCGUGGGUUGAACUGUAUCGGGCAGUUAGGCUGACCUUAGAGCAAGGAGAGCAGGGGCUUGGGAGUGUACAUAAGAAGCUUUCUGAUGGCUUGAUCGUUUGUUCGUGACGUGCUGAUACUUGUCUGAUAGGAGCUUGGGAGUGUACAUAAGAAGCUUAGAGGGAUAAUGUUGGUGAGUUCCCUUUUGUUUGAUUCUGUAUUAUAUAUUGAUGAUAUUUUGAAAAUGUAUGUUACAUAAAAGCCACAAAUACAUGUAGUUCACUCUUUCAAGUUAGUAGCAUUAUAAUGCGCAAAUUUACAUAUAUAUGAGGAGAAUAAUGUAUGUCACAUUUGGAGACAACUAUCAAGAAGGUAUGCCAUGCCCACAUGUGAUGGACGCAUGCUUAUACACAAUACUUCCAUUUCUAGUGCUACUUAUCUAAUUCGUUAUGAUGCUCAUACACAGUACUUCCAUUUCUAGUGCUACUUAUCUAAUUUGUAAUGUCUCAGUGUAUCAUUUCAAUGUUGGCGUGUUGAAUAAUAAUAGAACAGUGGCUGUAAAUGAGUCUUUAUGGUCUCAAUCUGAGUCUCGU